GUAGUAGUGUACUAGGAAACAGCAGUGCAACACAGACGAGCUGGCUUUUUUUCACUCCUGUAAACAUGGAGGGAGACAGCAAUCCAGGGGAUGAGUCAGUGGGACCAUCAGAGGAUCCGUCAGUGGAGGGGCAUCCCUGUAUACCUCCAGGUCUUGGGGACGGUGAAGCAAUUGAGAUGCUUUGGCAAUUGCGAGCCCAGCGGCGCCAGUCGAACCCGGAGCUUCCAGAGACGGCCACUCGUCUCACUGCCCCUGAUGGCAGUGUCCUGUACCUGGUGGGCACUGCUCAUUUCAGUGACAGCAGCAAAAAGGAUGUGGCCACGAUGAUCCGCGCUGUACAGCCAGACGUAGUAGUGGUGGAGCUGUGCCAGUACAGGGUGUCGAUGUUGAGGAUGGACGAGAAUACGCUGUUAAGGGAAGCCAAAGACAUAAACCUGGACAAGGUGCAGCAAGCCAUCAAACAGAAUGGCUUGAUGUCUGGCCUGAUGCAGAUUCUCCUGCUGAAAGUUUCAGCUCACAUCACAGAGCAAUUGGGAAUGGCACCUGGAGGAGAGUUUAGAGAGGCCUUUAAAGAGGCUGGACAGGUACCGUUCUGUAAAUUUCACCUUGGGGACAGGCCAAUCCCUGUGACGUUCAAGAGGACCAUAGCUGCUCUCAGUCUGUGGCAGAAGGCCCGCUUGGCCUGGGGUCUUUGCUUUCUAUCAGAUCCAAUCAGUAAAGAGGACGUAGAGAAGUGCAAACAGAAAGACCUCCUGGAACAAACCAUGUCAGAGAUGAUCGGCGAGUUUCCUGCUCUCCACCAGACCAUUGUGGCUGAAAGAGACAUCUACCUCACGCACACGCUCCGCCAGGCCACACGCUGUGUGGAGGCUCCUCAUGAUGCCCAGAAAGUGCCUGCUGUAGUGGUCGGGGUCGUAGGCAUGGGUCAUGUCCCUGGCAUUGAACGAAACUGGGAGAAGCAGCUCAACAUCGAUGAAAUCAUGAGUGUGGCGCCCCCCUCGCGUUUUGGCUGGGUGUUACGCACCAUCUUUAAGGGCGUCUUAAUGGGAGUGCUGGGAUAUGCCUGCUAUCGUGCCGGAGGAAGUUUAGGCAGAGGCCUGCUGUCCUUACCUGCAGUCCAAUCGUUACAGGAGACCCUGCGGCCACCCCCUGCUUGACUCUGCUGGUCCUUGCUAAGCCAUCACUGACACGACUUUUGAUCUAUUAAAACAAUUCAUCUAUCACCAGUAGCCUUAAAUACGGCAGGUGAGGCUGGAGGAACGGGUUUACCAGCCCACUAUUUGAACUUACUAUACAAGGACCUCGCAGACGUUAAGAGCUCCUCAACUAAUCUCGGUGUUCUUGUAGACACAGUGGGGCUAUACUGCCAAAGAAACUAUGACAGUACUUUUGCAUAUAUUAUUCAAAUCCUACAUUUUGUAAGAUUUACAGGUUACAUUUAACCAUCAUUCCUUGAAGAUCCCUCUCUCACACACAUGUUUUUCAUUUGUUAACAUCACUGGAAUCAUCUUCAGACACCUUCCCUGAUAUGAUGGAGUCAUUUUCUUAGAAGAGGCACUUUUUUUUUCUUCUUUUUUCCGGACUCUGUUCUCCUUUAGUGCCAACAUGAUUAUUGAUGAUUGGUCCACUUUAAGUCCAGCACUUUAUAAGAGACUUAGUCUUGUUCCUUAUAUGCAGCCUGUGAACGUGAAAAGAAAAUAACAUAUGUUAGUCAACUAUUAACAAGUCUGAAUUAAAGAAGUUAAAUGAGCAAGUGCAUGAAGCGACCCAUGUGGUGUAAAGAACAUGUGAAAAAAAAAAAACAAAAAAAAAAAACAUCUUUGGCUUAAACUUGAUGUGUGAUAUGUCCUGAUUCAACAGCCAAGUGCCUCAUGUUGCAGCUGUAAGGGCUACUGAAUAUGAAUGACAACAAAUUGUGUUAUAUUUAUCUUGCAUAUAAAAAUACUCAGUGCAACUUUUUAAGAUGAUAUCUUAUUAUUUAAAAUGAGGUCUAUUUUAUACAGACUGUUGUCCUGCAUACAAAUGUAGCUUUUGUUGACUUUAAAAUCUUAACAUGACUCAUAUUUUAUGGGAACUUUCCUUUUAUAGAGACAUGACGCAGGACGAACCUAAACACUGUACGCCUCUGAAACAGAAGUGCAUAAUCUUGUAUGUGAUUGAACCUCCAAUAUGAGGCCCUUGUACAUUUACUCUUUAAUAGGGUACAUCUUUGUGUAAGAGUUCUUUAUUGACACAGAUGUGUGCAAUUCAUGGAAAAUACCAUCUCUUAAAAAAAAUCUAAUGAGAACCAGAGAAAUAGUUUGUGUGUUCACAAACUAUUUCUAUUGGUAGUAUUUCUUACUACAUUCACAAACAUUUGCAUUUUUAUUGAGUUGGAUUGUGAAUUGGAUCAGGGCAUUAGAUAAUGAGAAUUUAAAUAUUAUUUUUUGUCUUUAAAAUCUGACCAUAACUAAUUUAUUUUGACUUGUUUUGCUUAUUCUCAAAUAAACAAUAGAUUUAGACAAAAUUGGAAUAUUAAGCCUUACUUAGACUCCACAGCUGCCUUUAACCCUCAGAUUGCCUCCUUUGCCUGAAUCUUACUAUCGACACAUAGUAGAGCUUCUUACUGCAUGUUUUGAAAAUUGUUAUGAUGGUAUCCCUGGAACUACAAUAUGCCAUGUAGGAGAUGUCAGAGUAAACUGUCCUGUCAGUGAUGAUUGCUUGGUUACAAACCUGUAUCAAAAUCCAUUUCCUGGUAAUCCCUCUUGUAAUUUUUAAGCAAUGUUUGUGUACAGUACUUAUAUUUUUUAUUCUCUAUGUAUUAGCAGGGAAAUGAAAGGAGAUUUCACUUUAA